UGAAUAGAACACACACCUUAUACACUUGAAAACUUAUUUUCAAGAACACACACAAAAACACACCAAAAAACAAAGCCAUGGACUGGUUCUCAUGGCUAUCAAAAACUGCCCUAGAGCCAACCCUAGUAUAUGAAUACAGCCUACUAUUUUCUCAAAACGAGCUUGAAGAAGAAGACAUAUCAUAUUUCAACCAUGAAUUUCUCCAAAGCAUGGGAAUCUCAGUAGCCAAACACAGGCUAGAGAUUCUCAAACAAGCAAGAAAACAAAAAAAAUCUUCAACUAUAGCAAGAAUUGCAGUUGCAAUCAAGAGAAGCUUAUCGAAGUACGUAAGAGAUUGGGUUCAUCCGCAAGAAAACGCCAUUGUUGUUGUUCGAAAACCUUCGGGUUACUAUGCGAGUCGAUGGAGAGGAGAAAUGUUGAAGAGGAAGAAGAAGCUGAUGAUUAUGGGUAAGAAAAAUAGUUAUAGUAAUAGUAAUAACAGAUUGUUGAUUAGUAAUGAGAGUUUUUUGAAUCCUGUGGUGUGUGAUGUUAGUUAUAAAGAGGAGAAGAUUGAGUGUGAUGAUCAUGAUGAUGGGUAUUGGGAUACUGGUGUUGAAGAAAUUAGGUGGGAUACUAUGUUUCAGAAUUUGAAACCAAAUUGAAACUCUUAAUAAGUGUUCUUUUUUUUUCUUUUCUUUUUUAAGUUUUUGAUGGUGGGAGAUGGGAUUUUAGGGUUCUUCCACCAGAUUAAGUAUUUUUGUUUGGUUGUGUGUUUAAGAAGAUUGUAUUUUUUUUUUUCAUUUUUUUUGUUUGUGAUAAAUUUAGUUAGUUGUGGGUCAGAUUAUAGAGGACAUAAUUAUUUUCUUUUUCAACUUUAGUAGAAAGGAAAAGAAAAGAAAAGAAUAGAUGCUCUAGCUGUAAUAUUAGUUCUUAUUUUCUGGGGACUUGAUUGUUUUUAGGUAUGCAGAUAUAUAGUUUGUAUUCCAUUUGCUCUGUUUUUAAGCUAAUUUUAUGAUGUA